AUGAGGAGACUCCUUCUACGAAGGAAUCUGUUCUCCCGUAUGGAGACUGAGGAAUGGGUUGAGGUAACAGCCAAGGGGCGCAAAAGGACCAUGAAGAAAUUGGAUCAGUUGAGUGCCUCCCAGACUAUAAAAACCCCAGAGAUGGUACAGGCAGAUGCCACUGCCCCAUACAAAACUGGUAAUGGGAACUCAAGACCAACGCCGACGCCGGCGCCUCGUCGUCGACGAAUCCCCCACACAGCGGCUGUUACAAUAACGGGUAAGGAGGCUACGUUCUCUUAUACUGAGGAUCUGCGAGCGGCACGACAGAGCGUCUCGUUAGCGGACCUGGGUAUAGAGGGAACCCGGGUAAGAAAGACUGCGAAUGGCGAAUAUGUUAUCGAGAUUCCGGGCCCAGACAGGGAAAAGCAGGCGUCGGCGCUCGCCGCUAGAUUAAAGGAAGUCAUGCCGACAGGAACAAUGGUGAAUACCCCACUUAAAUUAGGCGAAGUAAAAGUCUGGGGUUUUGACGAUUCAUUGACCGGGGCGGAGAUCGUUGAUGCCUUGGCGCAAGAGGGAGAGUGCCGCCGGGAAGAAAUACGCGCUGGCCCGAUCAGACUAAGCCGGAAUGGAUUCGGCUCAAUAUGGAUCAGGUGUCCCUUAGAAGCGGCAAUUCGAAUGACGGAUAAGGGCAGACAAGCAAUUGGGUGGAAUUAUGAGAAUGGAACUUCUUGGGGCCGAUACAGUUCUUCCGCUGCUGGAGCUUUGGGCACGUAA